AUGGCAGAUGGCGACACAUCCGUCUUCGAGCUGAUGCCAGAGAUGACGAUGGGGGACUUCAAAGAAAUGCUGAAGGCAGAGCUGUCCUCAUCGAGGGAAGGCAUCCAGUCAAGAAGGACGGUCAAAGUGGAAGUCAUGGUCAAUGGCACUCCCUUCCAGCGGAGCGAUGGUGAGACAGUGCUGGAAGCAGGGAUGGCUCCGGAGGUUGAGGUGCAAGCGCUCCUCACCGUUGAUCCCAUCAUUUGCUGCAGUCGCGCAGAGUCUGGCUAUGCAUCGGAGGACCUGGUGGUGGUGAACAUCCCACGGACGGUGACGUGCUGCGAGGGCUUGACCUACUGGGAGUAUCCUACCGUCAUUCCUCAUGGCGCGAUGGCGAAGGCCACUGAGCUCAACGGCCUGCAAUGCACGCUUUGGCGCUUGGACACGGAGUCCGGUCGCUGGGAAGUGAAGCUGCCGGACGGCGAGGUGAAGGCCCUGCGCCCAGUGCACCUCAUCUUCCGUGGCAUAGGUCCCAUCGAGGACGACGGCUCGUUGACCUUGAUCGGCAUGGCGUCAGAGCACCAAACCAUCCACCGAGUGCUCGACGCCGUGCGGGACUUGAUCCGCUCAGGCAGCGAGGCCCUGGCGCUGCUGGGUUCCGUGGUGUCGCCCCUGGGCGGCCGCAAGGCGCUCGGCGAAGAGGGCCGCAUUUGGUUAAAGCUUGGGAAGCAAGCAGAGCAGCGGGUGCGUGGCACGUUAGAAGAGCUCCAGAAGAACAUGGAGCAGGUGGAUAGUAUCGACGCCAGCCGCUAUGGGCCCAAGGCGGCCGCGGAGAUCCGCCUGGCGCGGAAGGACCUGGUGCAGUUCGUGCAGAAGGCGCAAGAGCAGUUGGAGUCCGCUUUGACGCGGCUCCGUGUGGUCUUGCAGCACUUGGUCUCGACCGUUCCAGCGCAUCGCCCUGCCCAUGGCUGGACAGAGGAAGAGUCGCUCCAUGAGAAGUAUCGCGCGGCCUUCGAGAAGUUGGAGGAGGUGGUCGAACAGACGGAUGCGGCCAAGAAGACACGGCUCAGCGGCAUUACGGUGAAGUUCCAAGGCCGAGGUGAAAAUCCGCCUCCUUCGGACAACCUCUAUGUGAAGGGUUUGCCAGGAUGGGUGACCGAGUCGGACCUUGAGAGCAUUUUCUCGGAGGUAGGCGACAUUCAGAGCAUGAAGCUCAAGGCCGCUGAUUGGGGCGCCAUUGCCUUCAUUAGGUUGGCGAACAAGGCGCAAGCACAGCGUGCCAUUGCCAAAUACCACAACCGGGUGCCGAGGCUCUUGGAGAAGAAGGCAGAAGAAGUGGACGCCAAGAAGCUGAGUGUCGAGAUCACCAAGGGCAUGCUGCGGGCCACCGUGGACCAACUGGCCCGAGGUGUCACCGUCAUCAUCGACCUGCGGAAACCCUUGGGCUGUGUGUUCAACGAUGAUUUGGUCACCAAGAGCGUCCAGGAGGAGGGUCAGGGCUUCGAGCUGGGCAUCCGUGUGAGCUGGCGGGUGCGCUCCAUCGGCGGUGUCAAAGUGCUCAAGACUGCUGACCUCAAGGAGCGCAUGGGGAAGUUAAAGGCCGAGGGCCACAAGGAGGCGGCGCUGGUCUUCUCACCACCGCCGAUCGUGGCCUCCUUCGCCAAGCGACCCUUCGGCUUCACCGUGGCCAAGGACGCCGACCUGGGCCUCAUCUACGUGAACGCCUCCAAUGGCCUCGCGCGCGCGCAGGGCGUGCGCCCGGGCGCGUUGAUCUCCAACAUCGGUGGUACCGAUGUGAGUGCCUUGAAGAUCGAGCAGGUGAGGGAUAUGUUGCUGAAGGCAGAUGUGCCGGUGACUGUCCACUUUGAGCAAGCUCGAGGGCUGCCAAAUGCAGUCACCGGCGUGUUGCACCCGGUGCCGGACGAGGAGAUGCCGGCGCCCCCGCCGGCGGAGGUCGUUGACGAAGGGCCCAUGGUGGUUCCACCACCGGUGGAUCUGGACAUCGACCUGUCCGUGCCGUUGGGCAUCAAGUUCGACGAUCAGCUGGUGGUCGAGAGCGUGGCCAAGAACUCUCAGGCAGCUCGCCUUGGCAUCGGCCCUGGUUGGCAAGCCUUAGGACUGGCAGGAGACGAACUCAGCACUCGGAAGGAAUUGGAGCAGAAGUUGGAGGUCUUCAAAGCCGAAGGGUCCUUGGGCCAGCCCAUGAUGUUCCAGCCGGCGCCCAUGCCUGCGUCCCGAGCUCGGGAGUUGGGCGCCAGCCAAGCGGCCGCGGUGCUGCGGGCCCGAGCGGCAGAUCUGGAACGAGAGGCUGAGGAGGAACGGAAGAAUAUGCGCGAGGUCACCUUGGACCUGGAUUUGUCGCAACCUUUGGGUAUCCUCUUCAAUAAAUUCUUAGAAGCUGAUGCCGUCAACGAAGGCUCGCAGAGUGCGAAGCUGGGCAUCAAACCUGGCUGGCGCGCCAAAUCCCUUGCAGGAGAAGACUUCAAAGAGACCCGCGAGCUGGUCGCCAAAAUCCAGGCGCUCAAGGAGGAGGGCACCCUCACCGUCAGCGCCGUCUUCUUGGCGCCGGCCGACGGCGUCAGCGUGGACGCGCCGUCCGCAGCGGCGUCCGCGGCGGCGAGCGAGCCAAAGGAGCCGAAGGUGGAGCAGGAGGUGCCGAUGGUGGCGACGGACGUGACCCUCGAUCUCAGCCAACCGCUGGGCAUUGGCUCGGGUGUGGUUGAUGAGUUAAGGAACCUUGUGGGCCUUAAGGGCGCUGCAAAUGAGCUGAGGGGAUCAAUCCCGACGAUGGGCACUUCUGUGAAAGAGCGCCCUCCGAAGAAGACCUCAGUCAUCAUGCCUUCCUCGCUUUUGUCAGCGAUCGUUGGGGAACAGGCAGAGCCAGUCAGGAUGAGGAUUGCAAUGGCAAUCAACUACUUCAAGGGAACUGAACCAGUGAGUGACAUCGAGACAUUGGAUCUUGUGGUCAAUGUGCUAUUGGCUAACUUCCGUGACGACAUUGAUGAUGUCAAGAAAUUUCAGGGACUCGUGAACACCAGCGCAAGCUUCGCUACAGGCGCACUCCAAGGUUUGGCUCCGGGGCGCACUUUUGUGGCGCCUAGGCCGGCGAAAGGCCGGAAGAGCAGAGGCAGAGGGUUGAAGAUUGCCAGAGCUGUGACUCUCUUGCAGUGGCAUCACGGCUCAGCGCCACCUCAAAGAUUUGCCAAUAUGUCGAUGGUUUGGGAGUGUCGGCAUUGCAAUAUCAGCAUGAGCCAGAACUCCGUGUAUUGCCGCAAAUGCAAUACGUGGUGGGAGCUUUGCUGGAGGAUUCCCAAGAAGGAGCAAAAGGACGACAAGUCAAAGAAGAAAAAGGGCGAUCAGCGAUCAAGGUCGAAGUCGGUGCAUCAAGAAGGGAAAGCGGCUUCAUCGAGCAAAGACCCGCUCAUGCCCUUCGUCCCCCUCAAGGAGCCUUGGGUUUCUACGACCCCGGACUCCAGGGUGAAGGCAGAAGUCCAUGGAGCUUUCCCGGGACCCAGGCUCCCUGGGCCCAAGGAGCCGGUUUCGGAGAUGUGCGACAAGAUUCGGACGUUCUUGUACCACAAGAAGGACAAGAUUCCCGAAGAAUUGACCAGUUCUCUGUCAGACUUUGUCAAGGAAGAGGACCAGAUGUUGAAGCACUCCCAUGUCAACAAGCUGGCCAACCUGAGGAGAGCGGCAGAGAAGCUCUUGGUGAAGAUCAAGACAACAGAUCAAGAGUGGACAGAUUUUCAGAAGACACUCAAAGAUCGAUUCGACAGCCAGAAGGCAUCUUACCUGAAAACAAGAGCGGGACUUGUGAAACAGUUCAAGGAGAAGAAGCAAGAGUUUCUGGAUCACAGAGCACUGGUGCAGUCCCUUGCAGCUGGUGGAGACCUAGGCGAGGAUGGCGAUGCGCCCGAGGAUGUGACCUUUGGAGAUCUUGCUCAGAUGCCGGAGACGGUCAAUUUGGAGGAGGAAGAGGAGGAAGAAGAUAUGAGUGUGGAUGCUUUGGGUACCAAGCGAGAUGCUGGCUUGCACCUCUACGAUGAGCUGGAUUUUGGGAGUGGGCUCCCUAUUCUGCUGUCAUUCCCUGGCUUUGUGACUUCUACAGGAAUUGAGGGUUUUACCUCGAGUUUGAAGUGGAAGUCCCUUUCUCCUCGACAAUGUUGGCUCGUUUAUUUGGCAUACUUCGAUCCCUUUUGUCACUUCCUAGUGGAGCAGUGUACUUUCCUGCUGGUUCUGGAGUGCCGCAUGUUCCUUCUGGGGAGUGUGAGCUUUGACGAGCCCUUCGGUUCUACCUUCAGUGGACGAGAUGGGGUUAUGAGACCGGUGGUUACCUCGGCCACUGUCACCUUUGAUGAGUUUGUUCAAGCUGUUGAGAUGGUGGGCGUGUGUGUGUGUUUCAACCUUGAGAUGCGCUGGCUUGAAUGCAGUUUACCCUGGUUGCAUCUGAAGCACUGGGAUGGCACUGGGCCUUAUGAAUUGCACUUCUAUACGGACGGCUCAAAGGUUGGCGAACUCUCGGGUGCUGCAGUCGCCCUUUGGGUUCUUUGUGGCACUGGAUGGCGCUUUGCAGGUCAUUUGCAACACCAUUUGGGGGCACGUUGGGGGUCGUACGACGCCGAACUGGCUGCCUGGCUUAUGGCGGGCAAAUGGGCCUUUGACCUUUUUCGGUCUCUUGGCUUCACGUGGGCUAGUACACCGUCUGUCUUCCUGCACUUCGAUUCGACUUCAGCCGGUUUUGGAGUUUUGGGUGCUAUGUGGGGAGACACAGCUCAUCCUAUUUUUCGGGCAGCCAGGUCUAUUUUCCAACUCUUUGAGAUGCUGUGGCCGGGAUCCUUGCAGCCAUGCUUUGUGCGAGGACACCAAGGGGACCCUGGCAAUGAAUGCGUGGACGUCUUGUCAAGGCAUGCUGCUUUGAAUGGCUUCGACCUGGACGAGGCGUGGUCCUUCUUCUAUAAUGAACGUGGUAUUGCCUUCAAGGCGCUUCCGUGGUUAUGGUUGGCCUUCCGUGCGGACCUUGAACCCUUUUGGCAUGGUGGGAAACUCCUCCUGCCUGCUACGCCUGUGGUUUUCUCUGAAGAUGUGGCAGACACUUUGGAAGAGUGGCAGCAGUCAGAAGCUGAUGGAGCCAAGGUUUGGCUUGAUCUUUGCUGUUUGUCCUACAACGCCAUGACGAUGAAAGGCAAAAACACUUCUUGCUAUGUGAAUGUGACACAUUUCCUCGAGGAAUGCAAUGCACGGGGGGCAUCCCUUGUUGCCUUGCAAGAAACACGGAUGAAAAACCAAGUGGUGAAUAACCAACACUACUGGACUUUGUCACACCCCAGUGAACGAGGUCUGGGUGGGGUUUUGAUGGCACUACACAAAACGGCAGGCAUCUUUUGGGAAGCUGGGCAGUUUUUGAAGUUGCAACCUCAAAACUGGAGACUUGUGGUGGCCACACCGCAUUUGCUGUUGUCUCGGUUGGUGCAGGGUAGUGUGGAUAUCUUGAUUGGGACUUUCCACGCCCCGCAUACAGGUGCGGACAAAGCUGCAGUUUCGAGUUUUUGGAGGGACUUCACAAAUCAUAUUCCCCAGUAUCUUCGUCACUUGCCUGUGAUUCUGGCUGGGGACGCAAAUGCUCGAAUUGGAAGCAUGGAGUCAGCCUUCCAUGGGAAAUCUUUCUUUUCUGAAGAGACCAAGACUAUGAUUGGGUACAAGCAGUUCUGGCGAGCUCGCCUCUUGCAAGGCCGUGUCUCUUUGCGCAGGUUCUGGCUACAUUUCUUCUUUUUUGUGUGGAAAGGAGACACUGGCGCACCAGGCUGGUUAGGUAUCCAAGAGGAACAUUUGUCCCAUCUGCACUGGUGCUUGGCGGUCUUUCAGUGGUGCUUCCUCACAUUUCGCAACUGGGUGACCUCAUUAGUGAGGAGAGACGCAAAAAAGUUCUGGGAACAUUUGGCGGCUCUUUUGCCGGCUGCUGAGACCAGCAAGAACCAGCGUAGUUGGUGGAGGUUGGUGCAGCAGCAUUUACCCAAGAAUCAGGUGAAGAGGCUAGCUUUGAGCGCAGAGAGGCAGGACUGCCUGAGAGACCAGUGGAGGCCUUACCUUUGUGAACUCGAAGCAGGCUCUGAAACCUCUAUGACGGAGCUCUACCGGGAAAUUGUGAUGGAACAUCAGGGCAAGAAGACACAUCCUCCGUCUCGGGAGGAUCUGCCGUCUCUUCUGGACGUGGAAAGUGCUUUGAGAACCACUCGGGCCCGAAAGGCUCCGGGACCUGAUGGUGUCCCUAGCGCUUGGCUGCAUUUUGGGCCGCACCUCCUUGCCCCUCACCUUUUCGACUUGCUUCUCAAGUCUAUGGUACAAUGCAUGGAAGCUGUUUUCUGGAAGGGAGGAGUUCUCAAAAUGAUCCCCAAGACGGUGUCACCUGUUCAGGUUCAGCAUUUUCGUGGAAUCAUGCUGCUUAAUCUGAUGCCCAGGCGGGCCCACUCUCUUUUCAGACCUAUGCUGAUGCAAGAACUUGAGAAGAACAGACCUGUUGGUCAAAUUGGUGGACUUCCACAUCAGGAGGCUGCAUUUGGGAGUCAUGCUAUGAGGCUAUUUGUGAGGUGUGCAUAUAGUCUUGGCUUGCCCACAUGUCUGCUCUUCGUCGAUUUGAAGGCGGCCUAUCAUUCGCUGAUCCGGGAACUGGUCCUUGGUCCGGGCCUUGGCAACGGACGUACUAGGCAGGUUCUUCUGCAGCAACUUCUUCGUGAAGGUUACAGCUUUGAUGCCGCCAUAGAUCUUGUGGAGAACUCUGGUUUGCUUCAACAGGGCUUUAGGCGUGACUGGUUCAGAGAGUUACAUAGCUUCACAUGGAGUUCGAUCGUUGAUGAGCCAGUUGCUACUAACCGUGGCAGCAGACCUGGGAGCCCGCUUGCGGACUCACUCUUCCAUGUUGCUAUGGCGCCGGUUGUUUCAUCCAUUGAGGAAUGGCUGCUUGGACGACCUGACCGAAUGGAGGCAUUGGAAAAGUUGAAGGGUUUGGGCCACUCUGUGGUCUGGGCUGAUGAUCUGUGUAUUCCAAGUGUCUCCAACUCCAAUGAUGGCCUGUUGGAGGAAGUUGAGGCAACCUUUCAGUUUGUGGAGGGGCUCUUCACCAAGCACGGAUUCACCCUUAACCUCUCAAGGGGUAAAACAGAAGGUCUGCCGACCUUUGUGGGCCCAGGUGCUGCUGAGUGUAGAAGACGUCUCUUGCAGAACCCUGUCGUGCAUGGCCACAAGGAUUUACAACUUGGAGCCUCGUACAAGCAUUUGGGUACAUAUGUUGAUGCUGCUGGCGAGCUUCGAAGGGAUAUCCAAGUGCGUGUUGCUGUGGCUUGGACUUCUUUUCGCCAGUUGUCACGCAGACUUUUGAGGAACCCAAGCUUGAGCUUGAGAGCUCGGGUGGCUUUGCUGGAUUCACUCAUUUUGUCCCGCCUUCUGUAUGGCGCUGGAAGUUGGGGGGCUUUGACGGGUAAGCAAUACAGGGUUUUGAAUGCAUGCUAUAGGAAUCUCUUGCGACAGAUCUCUUUUCAGGUAGCAUGCAAAGGUAAGGCCCAGGUUUGGACGGAUGAGGCCAUCUUGUGCUACCUGGAGUUGCCUUGUUUGCGAGUUAAGCUGGCGGUGGCUCGACUCUUGUAUGCGAGGCGCCUUGCAGUCCAUGCACCUCACUUCCUGCUUGAUAGCCUGCAGUGUGAGCGGAGCACUAGGCCUGACAGUUGGUUGGGAGCCUUUGAGGUUGACAUGGAAUGGCUUCGGGCGCACGUCUCGGUCGAUGGCUGGGGUUUGACGUGGCUUGAUUUAUGCGCUUCUUGGCGUGCAGGUCGCCCAGGAUGGAAGAGGUUGGUGCAGCAAGCUACUGUCAAGUAUGUCCUGGUGAAGAAAAUGCUUCACUCACAAGCACCUGCAUCUGUUCCGGGGCAUAAUGCAGCUGCGGAUUGUGACGCUUUUGAAUGUCAUUGUGGGGCUAGCUUCACUACCUCUAGAGCUCUUCGGAGUCACCAGGUGCACUCACAUGGAGUUCGUGCGCCAGAGUACAACAUGUUGCGGCAUCCGUGCUGUCCAGUAUGCCUCCGCUUUUUUUGGACUUUGCCACGGGCCCAGGCCCACCUGAGAUACUUGUCGAGAUCAGGAGCCCCCAACCUGUGUUUCGAAUGGUUGAGAGUUACUGGCUUUGUUGAUCUUCGGGAUUGGGUUGUUGGUGAGUUUCCGGACUUGCCGGGCAUCAAGCGGCGAGAAGCUUUGCGGCUUUAUGGACCACACCCUUGUGGAGCCUUUGCUGGGGAUGUUGAGGCCCUUGAAGAGGACUUCAUGGAGUGUCGAAAAAGUCUCAGGGUUGACGGCGUUAUCUUCCCUUUGGAGGAGGAUCUGCGUGAGCGAUGCUUUGAGGUCUUUGAGACUGUUGUGGCCUCGUGGAUGGAUGGCAUGCCUGCCAUCCCCCCACAAGUCGAGGGGGUGGCGACUGGUUGCGCUACUGCUGCUUUGUUUCUUUGGGGGAUGCAGUUGAAGGAUAGGCCUUUGGCCGAGCUUUGGUUCAUGCAGACUUUGGCAAACCAUAGUGCUGGAGAGACCCUUCGACGGAUGCAUAACCUUGCUGUUUGGAUCCAGCAACUACGGAAGCUGGAUGGUUGCGAGCCGCACCGAGAGCGGUAUGCUGGUCCUGCGAAUCCUCGAGAGCGUCAUCUGAGGGACCUGAGGAUUAGUUACUCCUCUAGUGUGCAGUUCGGUGAAUGCAGGUUGUGUGUGCGUGACACUCCGUUGUCACUACUGCGCACCUUGGCGGGGUCCUAGGCUGAGAUGGCCGGAUCCUUAAUUUAGCUUUUCCCCCUGCUAGGUCAUGAGGUAUCACCUCACAAAGGCUGUAAAUGAAAAAAAAGUUGGUUCUCCUUGCAUAAAGCUGCUAGAUUGAAGUUCAAGCCAAUAGUAUAACAAACCAUUUAAGUCGUCGAAGCAAAUAUCG